AUGACUACAAAGCUUAAAUCUAUUCGAGCGGGACACAGAAGCGCAGUUUCUAGGAUUUUAAGAAGAUUUGAGGAGAGAAGUGAAACAGAAGAUAAACCGGAAGAGGACGAGUUAGAAACAAUUUUGGAUACAUUGAAGGAAAAGCAAGAUAUUCUAAAGGAUUUGGAUAAGAACAUUUUGGAUAGUGUACAAGAGGAGGAUAUAGAGCAAGAGAUACUUGACACAGAUGAGUAUAAAUUUAAUUUAGAGACCAAAAUACGCAAAAUUCGUAAAUUUAUUCAAGUUCAAACAUCAAAUUUAAAUGCAGCCGCUAGAAGUUUUUCGCCACAUAAUGAGAUACUGCAACCCAUUCAAAAUGUUGGUCCUGUAUAUAGCAUAAGAGAUGACUCACAAAAUACUGACCUCAAUUUCACGUCUUUACGUUCAAAUUCAAGCGUCAAUAGCAGCAACUUUCAUAAACUACCGAAAUUGAAUUUACCUACAUUUGACGGAAACGUACUUGAAUGGCAAUCCUUUUGGGAUUCUUUUGAUUCCGCAAUUCACAACAACAACACUCUAACCGACGUUCAAAAGUUCAACUACCUAAAAUCUUUACUAGAAGGAGAAGCGUCAUACACCAUUGCCGGAUUUGCUCUUACGCACACAAACUACAACAAAGCUAUUGAACUCAUACAUGAAAGAUUCGGACAAAAGCAUAAGAUAAUUCAGUCGUACAUGCAAGCAUUACUAGACAUACCCCCACCAAAGAAUACGCUUACGCACCUUAGAAGCUACUACGACAGGACAGAAACAUACAUACGUGGCCUUGAAUCUCUCGGACAGGCUCAAGACUCAUACGGCUCGUUAUUAGUACCAGUCAUACUCAACAAAAUGCCCAGUGAAAUACGCAAAAACCUGACUCGUGAACACGGUUCAACAGAUUGGUUUAAGGAGCUGGCCAUUUUAGAGUCUGGUAAGAGUACAGAAACAGGUGAGAGUCCGAGCGCUACAGCUACGUUCUACACAAAUACAAAAUCACGUAAAAUCUGGCCAAAAAACAAUUCAACCAAUUCAACACAGAAAUCUCAUACCAUAAACUGUGCAUACUGCAAGGAGCCCCACUAUUCAUCAGAAUGUACUAAAUAUACUGAUCCAAACGACCGCAUGACAAUUGUAAAAAAGGAAAGACUGUGCUUUUAUUGUUUAGGGCGACACAGUGUAGCAGAUUGUAAAUCAAAAUCAAACUGCAAAAAAUGUAAAAGACGUCACCACACAAGCCUAUGCAACAAAGACCACGACAAAGAAACUGCAAGUACAAGUAGUACAUGUACAGUACAAACACACAACGCGGAGGAAUCUGAGACAACAGUUUUAUAUUCAUCUCUAGGCCGUGAUCGCCCAAAUGUUUUGUUGAAGACCGCAAUUGCACCACUAAACUACAGAGGACAAACAAUUGACACCAAUAUACUUUUCGACGAAGGCGCCCAAAGACACACUGUAUGA